UUAGAUUUUUCUGAGAAAAUGUUCCGAAUCCUGGCAAUCCUGACUCUGAAGGCACAGCUCCACCUCAUGACAGCUUUAUUCGUAGUUGAAGUUCCCCAGGAACUAUACACUGUAGAAUAUGGAAGCAACAUCACCAUGGAAUGCAGGUUUCCAGUGAAUGGAGAGUUAAAUCUAAAACUCUUAAGUGUUGUUUGGGAGCAAAAAGAGCAAAAAGAACAGGAAUCCAAAGAGGUCUACACCCUUCACAAAGGAGAGGAAAUCCUUCAAUCCCAACACAGCCGCUACCAGGGAAGAGCAACAUUGUUACAUGAUCAGUUGAAAUUGGGACGCUCUGUGCUUCAAAUCAUAGAUGUCAAGCUCAUGGAUGCAGGGUCUUACCGCUGUCUCAUUGACUACCAAGGAGCUGAUUACAAAUACGUUAUUUUGAAAGUAAAAGCUUCCUACAAGAAAAUACACAUCCAAGGAAAAAAUAAACCGGAUGAAGAGAAAUUGGUUUUAACUUGCCGGUCGGAAGGAUUUCCCCCGGCUGAAGUGUUCUGGCAUAAUGAAAAGAAUCAGAGUGUGUCUGCAAAUACUACCUACACACUGACCACAGAUGGACUAUACAAUGUCACCAGUAUUGCAACAGUCAAGCCAGAAACAGGAGAAAACUAUAGCUGCAUGUUCUGGAAUAAAGAAUUGAAUGAAGCAACUUUGGCUUCUGUUUCCACAUUAGGUCUAGUCAGUUCGGAAAAUGUUGGACAAAAACCUCCAAUCUUAUUUAUCGUCCCAACGUGUGUAAUAGCAGUUAUUUUCCUAUCUGCAAUCUUGAUUUUUUGGAGGAAAAAAACAUUUACAAAGUUUCAUGGGAAAAAAGACAAAAGACGACAAAUCCAUCAUUUAUCCAGGGAAGAGAACAGAGAGUUGAACACUCAGACACAGGAUUUAAUCUCAAUGAAUGUCACCAGUUCAAGAGGCAGCAGGGAAGAAAGCCUAUAAAAACUCAUCUGUCAUGCUUUCAGUUUGCACUUUUCUGAUCUCUCUUGGAGGCCUACCUAGGGAAGUACAGCACUUUAGUUCCAAGACAAACUGCACGUUUUGUUUUUGUCAGCAGUAUUGCACUUAAGUGCUUCCCAUGCCUUUCCAUGUAUUGUCUUUCAGAGUUACAGAGACAUAUACUAUUACUAAAUGUAGCUGAUAGUUGUCAAGGGAUUAUUUGAGGGAGUAUUUCAUACAUUAUGUGUUUGGGUAGAUUGUUCUCCUGAGAACAUAGUGUGCACCAACAAUUGUAUUUUCAAGGAUCUCCUUCCUAGCUGGCUUGUUUUCAGAAGUGGAGCUGGGAUACAAAGGCCUUGUCACUUUUUGUGGGACUCUAAAUAAAAGCAAUACAUGGUAGCAGUUGCCUGGACAAUCACCUACUGCAUGCAAAAAUUACUACACAACCAUUUCUCCAGGACCAAACUUUCCAGCAAAACUGAAAGUUACCUCAAGCACCAACAACAGGGAAUAGACUGAAGAAAUUUUCAGAAACCCAAGGAAGCUGUUGAGACUAAAGCAAGGAAGAGUUCCCCCACCCCAAAUUCAACAUUAUCAUCACAGAACACAUGGUUUUCUGUACGGUUUCUGUUAACCCUCACAUGCUAUUGCUAAUUUGUGACAAGUGGAUUAUAUGAAAUUUGUU